AUGUCUAAGUGCGGUGAGACCUCUCAUCUCAGAUGUGAGAUAAGAGUCGGCAGACUCUCAAACUUCGACCUCGAUCUUCCAGGCAACCCGUUCAUCAGAUACUACGUAUUCGCGGGUCACGGGAGAAGAAUUCGCAUCGACACAAAGGAGGUCAUUCCCACCGGCAACCCAUGCUGGGAUGAGCUCGCAACCAUCGAGUGCCAGGGAUCGUCAGACCCGGUAAGAGAGCUACUCGAGCCACACACAGUGGUGUUUGAGCUACGACGGAGGAGCAGGAGGAUCCCACUUCUUGGAAGAUUCACGGGGUCUAAGCUCCUGGGAAUGGCCGAGGUCGCAUGGAAGGAGGUGUUGGCCUCGCCGGACAUGUCGUUGAAGAGAUGCGUCAGGUUCGCCUCAUUGAGUUCUGAGUUUUAUGGGCUCAAACCACCCUGCUUAUCGGUGGAGAUGAAGGUCGAAGCUGUGAAAUCACUGAGCAACAAGCAGAGGAGUGGCCGGAGGCCGGCCAUGGAGGGGUGUGCUUGCAGGAGUAGCGAGCGUUUUGGGAGCGAGGAGGACAUCCUCCUGGCUGCAGCAACACUAAAUGUAUGGUAG